CCUGGCUCCUCCCGCUGCUUCCGGUUCCGGGGAGGAGCCGUGUUUCCGUCGGGGCGAUGGGGCAGUGGGGCCGGGCCGGGACCGCGGUGGGGUCGCUGCUGUUGUUUGGGGGGUUGCUAGGCUUGGCUGGCGCUUCCGAUCUGCCCCUCGUCACUUGCGGCUCUGUAGUGAAGCUCCUCAACACGCGCCACAACGUCCGGUUGCAUUCGCAUGACGUACACUACGGGUCCGGCAGUGGGCAGCAGUCAGUUACAGGGAUAUCAGAUGUGGAUGACAGCAACAGUUACUGGCGGAUCCGAGGCAAAACCUCUACAGUGUGUGAGAGAGGAACCCCAGUGAGAUGUGGCCAAGCCAUCAGGCUGACUCAUGUCAAUACUGGGCGCAAUCUUCACAGUCACCACUUCUCUUCCCCCCUCUCUGGCAACCAGGAAGUGAGUGCAUUUGGGGAAGAGGGCGAAGGGGACUAUCUGGAUGACUGGACAGUCUUGUGUAGCGGGUCACACUGGGUGAGGGACGAUGAGGUUCGGUUCAAACAUGCUUCCACCGACGUGCUGCUGUCGGUUACGGGAGAGCAGUAUGGCCGGCCCAUCAGUGGCCAAAAGGAAGUACAUGGCAUGACCCAGCAGAACCAGAACAACUAUUGGAGAGCUAUGGAAGGCAUCUUUAUGAAGCCCAGCGAGCUGCUUCGGACUGAAGCCCAUCAUGCUGAGCUAUGAAAGCCCUUCAGCUCUCCUCUCCACUCACCACACACAGUGUUGUUACACCUACUACUUUCCCCAUUGGAACAGUAUCGGCCUCAUCAUCCCUGGGGUGAGAAUCCAACGUGGGGAAUUUCCAAAGUUCUUAAGAGCAGCAGCUCCCUCCUUGCCAACAUGCAUCUAUUCCUAUCUCGGACUUGGCUUCACCUCCUAAAUGUGGGAGUUAUUGCCAAAGGUGGGAUUGAACUUUUCAUCCAUUUGGAAAAGAAGAAGGUGGAAGAAAUAAUAAACAUCUCUUGGAAAUAGGAAAUGCCCCUCAUUUGGGUGCUUUGGCAUAAUAAUCCGUUAAUAGAUGGAAUACAGAUUCCAAUACAUGCUUUUUCUCAGGAGUAAUAAAAAGAAUUCCAUAUUCAA